GUGUUACACUAUUAGUUCUGCCUAAAUAGACAUGACAAAAAUCAAAAACAUGCACAUUUUUGGAACAUAGAAAGGACACAGCUGGCAUUGGUUAGAAUUUCAUAAAGCAGACACAAGGAAAACAUUGUCAAAGAGCAACAGUGUGACCCAGACUAAGACGUAAUAAUAGGAAUAAUAAUGAUAAUAAUGGAUUAGAUUUAUGUAGCUCUUUUCUAUUUACACAUACUCAAAGAACAUACUUUGGAUUAUUGGAUGGAAGUAUUGGAUGUGUUCGCUGAACAGUUCACACAAAUGCCACAAGGUGGUGAUGUACUGUUAAUUUCAAAGACCCCACAUUGAGGGGCCCUCACUAUAAAUCUAAAGACAUUCAGACACUAUCAUUUACACAACGCUUUGCUUCUCAGGUUAAGCAAAUGAAGCAAUGCUUAGUGUUUAUGAUGCAAUUGUUAAUAUUUACACUGGAAUCCAAAUUCACACUGUGUGCUAUCAUUCAUUUAUUCAUUCAUUCAUUGGUUUUCUGUCAUCUAUCAUUAAAUAUAGAUGACAGAAAAGCACACAUUGGUUAUUUUUAAUGUGUACUUUAUCACUUUAUGAUAAGUGAAUCUAAGCAUCUAGUAGUGGUCUCCAACAGUGAACACUUGUGUGUCCUGGGACAAUGAUUAGCCUGCAAUUGCACACAACUAUAUUUGCACAGUGGACCAGUGUGGUUUUAUUGUGAAACGUGACAAACUGUCUCUCGGUGGAAGGGUUAGGACUUGUUCAACAUCUCUCGUGACUAAUACAUUAUCUGCACCGCUUUACUUUUAGUUUUCCAGUCUUUUGUGCUGAUUUGGAGGCAUUACUUGUAAGCCAUGGCUCAGACACUGGAGCAGCGGUCACACCUGGUGCUGGAGAACUACAUUGGAGGUCAGUUUGUCCCAUGUCGGAGCUACAUCGACUCCUACAACCCGUCCACUGGAGAGGUCUACUGCAAAGUACCGGACAGUGGAGAGGAGGAGGUGGAGGCAGCAGUGGCAGCAGCUAAAGAAGCCUUUCCUGAAUGGUCGGCCCGAAGCGCAGAGCAGCGGGCGAAGGUCCUCAACAAACUGGCUGACCUGAUUGAUGCCAAUCUGGAGGAGCUCGCCCAAGCUGAAUCCAGAGACCAAGGUAAAACUGUGACAUUUGCACGGACUGUGGACAUCCCCAGGUCUGCGUACAACUUCCGCUUCUUUGCGUCGUCGGUGCUCCACCACACCACAGACUGCAGCCAGAUGGAUCACAUGGGCUGCCUCAACUACACCAUCCGCUGCCCUGUGGGAGUGGCUGGUCUCAUCAGCCCCUGGAAUCUACCCCUGUACCUCCUGACGUGGAAGAUUGCCCCUGCGAUCGCUACUGGCAACACCGUGGUCGCCAAACCCAGCGAGAUGACCUCUGUGACUGCCUGGAUGAUAUGCAAACUGAUGGGGCAGGCUGGCGUUCCUCCAGGAGUUGUGAACAUGGUAUUCGGUACUGGUCCAAAGGCAGGCCACGCCCUCGUCGGCCACCCUGAGGUCCCACUGAUUUCCUUCACCGGUUCCACAGCCACUGCCCAGAGAAUCACAGAGCGGAGCGCCCCCUACUGUAAGAAGCUCUCUCUGGAGCUUGGAGGGAAAAACCCUGCCAUCAUUUUUGCUGAUGCAGACCUAGACCAGUGCAUCGAAACUACAGUUCGCUCCAGCUUCUCCAACCAGGGUGAGAUCUGCUUGUGCACCAGUAGAAUUUAUGUAGAGAGGAGCAUUUACUCCACGUUUCUGGAAAGGUUUGUAGCUGCAGCCAGGAAGUGGAAGACAGGCGUACCCUCGGACCCCAGCAGCAACAACGGGGCCCUGAUCAGCAAAGAACACCUACAGAAGGUUCAAAGUUUUGUGGAAUUAGCCAAAUCAGAGGGUGGUAUCGUCCACUGUGGCGAGGGCGUGGACCAGCUGCACCUCCCUGCAGCCAACGCUAACGGCUACUUUAUGCCCGCCACCGUCAUCUCAGGCAUCUCUGACAGCUCCCGAGUUAUGCAAGAGGAGAUCUUUGGCCCCGUCACCUGUAUCAGCCCCUUUGACACUGAAGACGAAGCUGUUUCCAAGGGCAACGGUGUGCGUUAUGGUCUGGCGGCCACCGUGUGGUCACGAGAUGUGGGGAAAGUGCACCGAGUGGCCAAGCGGCUCCAAGCGGGUCUGGUGUGGACCAACUGUUGGCUGGUGAGGGAUCUGAACCUGCCGUUCGGAGGGAUGAAGAACUCAGGUGUAGGGAGGGAGGGGGGGAAGGAUUCCUACCACUUCUUCACAGAAGUGAAGAGUAUCACCAUCAAACACUGAGGAAAGGACGAUGGCAGCCACUGUAACGCAAAUCUGAACUGAAGGAGCAACUUUUAGAAGCAAACACAUAUGGAGAACGUUUCAAAGUUAAUCAAGGUAUCUCACAACAAAUCCAUAACCCAUUUCAUUCUCCAUCCUCUUCAAUAACUGGAGUCACAUUUGUAGAAUACCAGAGUCAGAGAAAGUUCCUCUGGACACAAGUAAAAAAAAAAAAAAAAAAUCACUGAAGCAGAACUAAUCUAUGCAUAAUUAAUAUUCUUAUUAUCAGUACACACUUGGACUGUUCUGUUUU